GACAGGUGACUUGGAGGCUGGGACGCCAGAGGGCUGCUCCACCUGAGUCACUGUGCCGUUGUCACCAUCCCUGUUGAAGUUUGCUCAGCAACCCCGACCUCUGUGAAAACAGUGGCAGCUCCCAUCCUUCCAAGCUUUCAGGAGAAGCGGAGGGCCUGAUGGUGAGGCGAAUGGGCUGGGGGGGGAGCAGGGGGCAGAUGGGGCGGUGGGGAGAUCUGGGGCCUGGAUCAGUGCCCCUCCUCCCCGCGCCACUGCCUCCUCUUCCUCCUUCUCCACGACGAGGGCACGGGGGAGGGAGGGUCUCCUUCUCUCUGUCCCCUUCCUCUCACACAAGAAGCUCUCUGCCGUCAGUCUCUCCUGUGGCCCCGGGGCCCCUGUGCCCAGUGGUGCAGGCCCCAGGGGCCUCUCAGACUCGCCCCAGUGCCCUCCCCACCCCAGCCACCGCCCCCACACAGGCACUACCCUUGAUGUCACCCAUCUCUGCUCCCCCAUCCUUGGAUUCCUACUCCACCCCACCCCUGGGCUCGGAGACUCCCCUGCCCUCCUGCCGAUGCCCCCAGGAUCCUCCUGGGCUGCGGAUAGGCCCUCUGAUCCCUGAGCAGGAUUAUGAGCAGCUGGAGGACUGUGACCCCGAGGGGUCCCAAGACUCACCUCUCCAUGGGGAGGAGCAGCAGCCCCUCCUUCAUGUGCCUGAAGGGCUCCGAGGCUCCUGGCACCACAUCCAGAACCUGGACAGCUUCUUCACCAAGAUCUACAGCUACCACCAGAGGAACGGCUUUGCCUGCAUCUUCCUGGAGGACGUCUUCCAGCUCGGACAAUUUGUUUUCAUCAUCACCUUCACAACCUUCCUCCUUCGCUGUGUGGAUUACAACAUUCUCUUUGCCAACCAACCAAAUAAUGGGACAAGACGUGGGCUACUCCAUAGUAAAGUGACCUUGUCAGAUGUGAUCCUACCUUCUUCCCAGUGUGCCCAGCGGAUCCGCUCCAGCUCCCUGUUGGUCUUCCUUCUGAUCCUAGCUGCGGCCUUCUGGCUGUUCCAGCUGCUUCGCUCAGUCUGCAACCUCUUCAGCUACUGGGACAUCCAGGUGUUUUACAGGGAGGCCCUACACAUCCCCCCGGAGGAGCUCGGUUCCGUGCCCUGGGCGGAGGUGCAGUCCCGCCUGCUGGCGCUGCAGAGGAGCGGGGGUCUGUGCGUGCAGCCGCGGCCGCUGACCGAGCUGGACGUCCACCACCGCAUCCUGCGCUACACCAACUACCAGGUGGCGCUGGCCAACAAGGGCCUGUUGCCCGCCUGCUGCGCGCUGCCCUGGGGAGGCAGUGUGGCCUUCCUCAGCCGCGGCCUGGCGUUCAACGUCGACCUGCUCCUCUUCCGCGGGCCCUUCUCUCUCUUCCGCGGCGGCUGGGAGCUGCCCGACGCCUACAAGCGCAGCGACCAGCGGGGCGCCCUGGCCGCGCACUGGCGGCGCACGGUGCUGCUGCUGGCCGGCGUGAACCUGGCGCUGAGCCCGCUGGUGCUGGCCUGGCAGGUGUUGCACGCCUUCUACAGCCACGUGGAGCUGCUGCGCCGCGAGCCCGGCGCGCUGGGGGUGCGCCGCUGGUCCCGCCUGGCCCGCCUGCAGCUGCGCCACUUCAACGAGCUGCCGCACGAGCUGCGCGCGCGCCUGGCCCGCGCCUACCGUCCAGCCGCCGCCUUCCUGCGCGCCGCCGCGCCCCCAGCGCCCCUGCUCGCGCUGCUGGCCCGCCAGCUUGUCUUCUUUUCCGGCGCCCUCUUCGCCGCGCUGCUCAUGCUCACUGUCUACGACGAGGAUGUGCUCGCAGUGGAGCACGUGCUCACUGCCAUGACUGUGCUCGGGGUCACGGCCACCGUGGCCAGGUCCUUCAUUCCUGAUGAGCAGGGCCGCGGUCGUUGCCCGAAGCUCCUGCUGCAGGCGGCGUUGGCCCACAUGCACUACCUCCCCGAGGAGCCCGGCGCUGCCGGCCGGGACGGCGCUUACCCGCAGAUGGCGCGGCUGUUGCAAUACCGAGCGGUCUCCCUCCUGGAGGAGCUCCUGUCCCCUCUCCUCACCCCGUUGUUUCUGCUCUUCUGGUUUUGCCCUCGUGCCCUGGAGAUUAUUGACUUUUUUCAUCACUUCACGGUGGAUGUGGCUGGAGUUGGGGACAUCUGUUCCUUUGCCCUUAUGGAUGUGCGGCGUCAUGGCCACCCUCAGUGGCUCUCCGAGGGACAGACAGAAGCCUCACAGUCGCAGCGAGCGGAGGAUGGGAAGACCGAGCUCUCCUUGAUGAGGUUCUCCCUGGCCCACCCACAAUGGCAGCCCCCGGGGCACAGCUCCAAGUUCCUGGGGCAUCUCCGGGGCCGGGUACAGCAAGAUGCAGCCACCUGGGGUGCCACCUCUGUUCACAGCCCUCCCACCCCUGGGGUGCUCAGCGACUCUUCCUCACCUCUGCCUGAGGCCUUCCUGGCCAACCUCUUGGUGCACCCCCUCCUGCCUCCACGGGACCUGAGUCCCACAGCCCCCUGCCCAGUUGCAGCCACAGCCAGCUUCUUGGCCUCCAUUUCCCGCAUUACUCAGGACCCAGGUUGUGUGUCUCCAGGAGGAACUGGGGGCCAGAAGCUGGCCCAGCUCCCAGAGCUUGCUUCUGCUGAGAUGAGUCUCCAUGCCAUCUACCUGCACCAGCUCCAUCAACAGCAGCAACAGGAGCUGUGGGGUGAGGCUUCAGCCUCCUCUCUGUCCAGGCCCUGGGCCAGCCCCUCACAGACACUCUCGCCUGAUGAGGAGAAGCCAUCCUGGUCGAGUGAUGGAUCCAGUCCUGCCACCAGCCCCAGACAGCAGUGGAGAACCCAGAGGACCCAGAAUCUGUUCCCUGGGAGGUUUCAGGAGACUACAGACACCCAGAAGGAGCCUGGCCAGGCUUCUAGCACUGACUGAGAAGGCUCCUCAGGGUUCCCCAGGUACCCCAGCCACAAGAGAUCAGGAGGUGGAGUGGGAGGACACGCCGAGCCCUCUUUAGAGAACCUUCACAGGCUACAGGCCCAAGGAUGCUUUAGUUGAGCAGGACAUGGGAGGUUAGCGAUGACCUGGCCCAGAGAGCAGAGAAUGGUUUGGAGAGGAGAUGCCGAAGGCAUCUGGAAACAAGUCUUAGAGAUGAUCAUCCUCAUGUGGAGGGGCUAAGAGGCCACUCUCCAACUAACUGUCUUGGAGUGGUUGCCUGGGAAGAAGUCCCCAAGUAUCCUCAAGGUGGAGGGUGGGGCCGAGGCAGAGAGGCAGAGAUCUAGCUAAAUGUAAGGGAAACCGUGAGGGCUGGGACCUGCCAGGCAGUGGACUCUCCAAGCUUGCCUGGCUCUCAGGUUCCCAUGGGACUUGUGGAAGUUGGGAAUAGAGACUGUGAGUGGAAAGACUCUAGAGAGGGCUGAUGUUUUUGGAGUUCAGCAUAGAAGUGACGUCUGAGGAAGCGGGUGUGGCUCCUCAUCCUGUCGGAAAUAAGCAGUAAAGGUUGCUCACGGCUGUGUUGCACAUGUUUGUGACCUUAAUCUCUGGCAUCCCCACUCCUGGCCACUGAGGGCUCUACCUGCUUCUCAGUCAAGAGCAAGAGAACAACCCGGGAGAACUGCCUGUGACUGGCUGGAAACCACGUUUCUAGAGUGCUGGGUCAGAGCAGAAUAUGCGGGACAGGGCUCCUUGACAAAGAAUCACCACCUCCUCCAUCUGCACAAGUUAAGAGAUAAAGCUUGCCAUUCUGUAAUUUUAAUAGACGGGCCUGGAUUAGGAUCUUAGUAGCUCUCAUAGCAUCUGGUCCAGUCUUGUAUGGUUGCAUCUUCAGUAAUAAAUAUUUGAAUGACUUAGA